GGGGCAGGGUGGGGAGUUCCAGCAGGUCUGGUGCCCCUCACCCCUUACUGUCCGGUCCACCCUGCCCCAGGGCAUCCAGCCGUGUACCAGCCGCAUCUCAGAGCUCAGGCUGCUAUGACAGUGACAGUCUGGAGCUGCCCCGGCCAGAGGAGGGAACCCCUGAGGACAGUGGCCCUGGGGGCUUGGGCACACGGGCUCAGGCGGCCAACGGGGGCUCAGAGCGGUCCCAGCCCCCUCGCAGCUCAGGCCUGCGACGCCAGGCCAUCCAGAACUGGCAGCGCAGACCCCGCCGACACAGCACUGAGGGGGAGGAGGGUGACGUCUCGGACGUAGGCUCCCGAACCACAGAGUCAGAGGCUGAGGGCCCGUCGGAUGCCCCCCGCCCCGGGCAUGCCAUGGCUGGGCCACUGAGCAGCUACCGGCUCUCAGCCCGCCCCGAGGGAGGCAGUGGGCGGGGGCGGCGAGCAGAGAGGGGCAGCCCCUCACGCUCCAACGAGGUCAUCAGCCCCGAGAUUCUCAAGAUGCGAGCUGCCCUCUUCUGCAUCUUCACCUACCUGGACACACGCACACUGCUGCAUGCCGCCGAGGUCUGCCGGGACUGGCGCUUCGUGGCCCGCCACCCUGCGGUCUGGACGAGGGUGCUGCUUGAGAAUGCCCGCGUCUGUUCCAAGUUCCUGGCGAUGCUGGCUCAGUGGUGCACCCAGGCCCACUCGCUGACGCUGCAGAACCUGAAGCCCCGGCAGCGGGGAAAGAAGGAGAGCAAGGAGGAGUAUGCCCGGAGCACCCGGGGUUGCCUGGAGGCCGGGCUGGAGUCCUUGUUGAAGGCGGCCGGGGGCAACCUGCUGAUCCUGCGUAUCUCCCACUGUCCGAACAUCCUCACAGACCGUUCGCUCUGGCUAGCCAGCUGCUACUGCCGCGCCCUGCAGGCUGUCACCUACAGGAGUGCCACAGACCCUGUGGGCCACGAGGUCAUUUGGGCCCUGGGAGCAGGCUGCAGAGAGAUUGUGUCCCUCCAGGUGGCACCACUUCAUCCCUGCCAGCAGCCCACACGCUUCAGUAACCGCUGCCUGCAGAUGAUUGGUCGCUGUUGGCCCCACCUCCGGGCGCUGGGGGUUGGGGGCGCCGGCUGUGGGGUGCAGGGCCUGGCAUCACUUGCGAGAAACUGCAUGCGGCUGCAGGUCCUGGAGCUCGACCAUGUGUCAGAGAUCACUCAGGAGGUGGCGGCUGAGGUCUGCCGGGAAGGCCUAAAGGGGCUGGAGAUGCUGGUGCUCACGGCCACCCCCAUCACCCCUAAGGCCCUGCUGCACUUCAACAGCAUCUGCAGGAAUCUCAAGUCCAUUGUGGUCCAGAUAGGGAUUGCUGAUUAUUUCAAAGAGCCCAGCAGCCCUGAGGCCCAGAAGCUAUUUGAGGACAUGGUGACAAAACUCCAGGCCCUGCGGCGGAGGCCCGGCUUCUCUAAGAUUCUGCACAUCAAGGUGGAAGGCAGCUGCUAACCCGGGUGGGGGGCGGCAGGGCCCCUGCCAGCCCCAGACCAGGGCACUCUCUUUGGACCUCCGGAGGGACUCUGAUUUGGAUCAGACCUUCGGGGGCCUAGUGUUAUCCUGCCUUCCAGGGAGGGGUUGAGUUUCCUGUCCUCCUUCUGGAACAGUGGGGCAACAGGCCUGACCCAGGGUACUGCCUCCCCAGGUCAGGGGCUUGGACAGAAGCUGCCCUCCGACCCCCCCCACCCCCAGCUGGAGCAGCCUUCUGGCACAGCCAGCGAGGAGCUGCCACCACCAGCGCCUGGUGUCAUCACCCGGAGGAUCUGCAAUAACCACCCAGUGGCUCCUCGGCUGCUCAGGCAGGCCUCUCCUUCCUAAGGCCCAGCCUCCUGGUCAGGGGCAUCUGCCAGGCCCCAGGCCAGAUGGGCCUCCACAAGGCAGCUCAGACUUGGCAAGGAGGGCUCUUCUCCCCCUAUCCUGUCCCAGCCUUGGAUGGGGCACGUCCUUCGAAUGGCCUGACUAGGCUCUGGAUCCACAUUCUCCAGGGAUAGCACGGGCAGGCCUAGGGGCCUGGGCAUGUGGUCAGCCAAAAGGGGCAGAGGUACAGUGGGGUAGUUGGGCUGGGUUUGGAAAGGAAAACAGUCACCUAGAACUCUCCAGAAUGAGACCACCCUUCCCAAGCUGGGGAAUUACCAUGGGGAGAAAACGUAUUUAUUGUGGUAAGAAGACAAGACCUCUCUUCCACCCACCCCAUAUCCUACCACACACCAGAGCUCAAUUCAGAGCUAGAAGGUGCAUGUUUCUGUACCUACCAUUCAUUCCUGAGAAACCCUCUGGAGGGUCAAGGUUUUUCCCUGGGAAGCCCUGUCAGCACUGAGAAGUCCUCAAAGAAGUUCCUUCUAAAAUAGGUGCUUGGGCAGGAAUUUGAUGGCCCUUGGGUUCCCAAGGCUGCCUGGGAGGGAGGCACUGGGCUGCCCUCUGUGCUGAGGCCUGGGGGAAGUUGGCAGGAGGGUGGCUUGCUUUGCUUCUUUGUCUAGUUAGCUUGCUUGAAGACAUGACCUUGGCAGGGAGACAGACCUGUGGGGCCAAAGAAGAGGAAGAGCAUCAACAGACUUGCUUCCCCUUCCUCAGUCUCCACCGGCCCCAUAGGCUGGGGGCUGCGUUGGGGACCUUCUGCCUAGGGGGCAGGACUGGGGCCCGGGCAGGAGCCAGUUGGCUUAGAAAGCCACAGAAUGCCAGGGGGGCUCUUUGCUGGCCCUUGCACAGUCUCUAAAGGACCAGGUCUCAGCACCAAGGCUCCAAAGACUGAGGCUCCCCAGUUCCUCCCCAGAACUCCCACAGUGGCUCAGCGGCCAUGGGUCCUGCCAACCAUCACUUGGAAAGUUCUUUCAAACAUUCAAACUAGAUCUAGCUUAGGGUUUUCUUCUCUUCUGGAUAGAAUGGGCUCCCAGCCCUAGCUAUUAGGCUGCUGGUCCCAGUUGAGGAUGGGGUCCUCUUGUUUCCCAGUCCUUCCCAGGGACUCAACUUUUUGCCAUGACCUGGCUUGGAUGAGCAUCAAGGCCCAGCCCUGGGUUACCUUGUAACACGUCGUCCAGAGCUGGGACCCCAUAGGCGCAGCAGCAUCCCCCGCUCCCCUGGCUCCACUCCCCAGCUCUGUCCCUGCUUUUUAUCAUAGCUACUUUUCCUCCUGUGGCUUGUUAUGCCCCUGCCCUUUGAAGACCUGAAAUGCCGAGAGUGUCCUGCUGGCAACUUCCUGUCCAGUUCUGCACAAAGUCUUGGCUAUAUGAGCCACCUCUGCCUCCACCCCAGAGCAGCUGGCUCCAUCAGCUCCCUACCCCCAGCCCCAUCCUCAGGAGUCACAGGAAAGAGCACAGCUUUCCUCUUCUCCAGCAGCCUGGAAGGGAGUUGGAGGACUACUCGGGGCCUGUCUGCCCUGGGUUUGUCUGCCCUGCCUUGCCAACUGCACCCCAGUAGCUCCUGUCUGUGCCCCAUGACCCCAAGACCAGAGGUGCUGCCCCCACUGUCUCCUGGACAAAGCACAAAAAGAUGUCCUGCCUGGCCUGAGUCUGCCCAACUGAGGGACUGUCUCUGCCCCAGGGACUCUCCAUCCCUGAAUACAAGGCUCUCCCUUGGUGGUGCCUACUGGAAUGUCUGGCAUCAGCCCUCAGAAGGAGGUUAGGGUGCAUGGGCAGUGAGCUAGGGUGGGAGAAAGGUGGUGCUGAGAGGAUUGAUGCUAGUCAUAGGCCCAUUCGUUCAUUCAGUCAUUCAUUUGUGCAACAGUCCUGAGCACCACCAGCACUAGAGGCACAGGGUGAAUAAGACCUCUUCUGUCUGGUGGGAAGUCUACCACCCAUCGGGUUAGCUCUUUCCCAGAAACCCUCUCAGUCUCCACCCGGUUUUCUGGCUCUGUAUGUGAAGGCUGGGUGAGAAUACAUGUUACGCAGGCCCAAGCCCCUGAACAGGAAUGACAGGUCACAGCGUGUCCCACUGCACACAUGUCCCUGGAGCUGGCAGACUUGUGCACUGUCUCCAUGCAUGCCCUGAACACAGCUUUGCGGCCCCUGCCCCCCAGCAGUCCCUUGAUGCCGUUCUUUGUUCUCUCCUCAGGGGGAGGAGCCCUGGGGUACUGUUGCUUGCUAGGAUACUCCAUUCAUUUCUCUGGCAACCAUACAGCUAGGGCUGAGGAUGGAAACGGAGAGGGCCUCGCCAGCCCUAGAAGCACCUCAUCCCACCGUUACCUACCCAGAGAAGCCCUCCUCCAUAUCUCAUACCUAGUAAGAUGCAAAGGAGAAAUAUCUGAAAGUAAGCCAAAGCAAGCCUUGUUCCAGGGGUCCCAGGUAUGUGUAGAGGUCCUAUGAGGGGUGGCCACUUGGCCUCUCCACCAUCUCUCCCUGCCACACAGUCUGGCCGCAUCUGGGAAGUAGGCAUAUUUGGCUUAAGUAUCCAUGCUUUAUUCAGGCUGCUUCCCCACAGGACUGGCAGGAAAUAAAAGAUGCGUUAUGUACAUGUGUGUGUAUGUAUACACACACACACACACACACACAACCCUGUGGGGACAAAGAGUGGGAUGCCUAGAACUAUGGCUUUUCACUGGCCAGGAGAGACCACCUAAGGAUCAAGGCUCAUGGUAGUUGAGUCUGAGCAAGCCCCUUGGGAAUUGCCUCAAAAAAAAAAAAAAAAAGACCUCCUUCUGAAGUUCUACUACUCCAGGGUUUGGCUCCUUAGCUUGCCUUUGGGUCCUGCCUGGCCCCCUGGUCUUGAAUUCUUUGGGCCACAGAUGGGAACUGCCCAGUUCCCAGUCCCUCUAAAGCGCAAAAAUUAAUGACUUUCCCAGUGAAUAUUGGUGCCAAAGUCCCAGUUUCUGGCGGACUUGAGGUGAAAACAGGAGAGAUGGUGAUUGCAUGGCCCGAGUGCCCAGAGAAGUUAAUUUGAACCCACAGGGUGUGUCCCAGCAUAUCCCUGAUGAGAUUAACUUCCCCACACUGGGUCCCUGGCCCAUCUUUCUACCCCAGUAGCCACACUGUCUCACCCAGCCUCGCUCCAGGCCUGCAUUUCUGUAUAUAUUGCUGUGUAUUGUGUGUAUGUGUUUAUUCCUGGACAAGUGUGUGCAUCUGUAGCCCUUGCCUGAGGACAAGGCUUAGGACUGGGUGAAGACUAGGACACCAAGGCCAGCUACGGCAACUGCUCCCUCCCCAACCCCUUGGGACCUCAGUCCCAAGGCUGCCCUGACAAUCAGGCAGGCUCCCCACCACGAGGCCAAGCUUCCUCUGCCACUUCCACCAUGGCGCAAGUGAGGCUUGGCCUUGGGCUCCCCAGCCUCAGCUCUGCCCUGGCAGGGGCCUUGUAUCCAGGUGCAGGGCCUGAGAUGACCCAGGUUUCCUUGCGGCUGAUGCCAGCAGGCUUGGUUCCGGUGGGCCCUGCUGGUGGGGACCUUCCCCACUGGCCCCUAGGCCUGCCUUCCCGCACAGCCAGGCUGCAAGGGCCUGGGCAGGAGAGGGUAGCUUCCCCCACCCCAAGCACAGGCAGGGGGUGGAGAGCAAUUUUUGGUUUUACUUUUAUUUCUAAAGUGGUGCCUGUACCUCCAGCCCCAAGGGGGCCUCCCCUGGCCCCACUUCUCUGCCCCACCCAGGCAUCACCAUCCCAGCACUUUGUUCCAUGUCACCCACAGAUGCCCUUUGCCGAAUGUACUUGAGCGUAUGUAUUUAAAAGGACUCACCUGGGCAUCAGAGGAUUUAGAGCUCUGUAUCCAAUAAAAGAUGGUGAAACUGGUA